AUGGCAUCAUCAAAUCACUAUCAGAGUACUGCAGCAGCAGUAUCAACAUCAACAUAUCAAAAGUCAAUUAUUUGUAAAUUCUUUAAAGGAGGAAGAUGUCUUCAAGGAAAAGCUUGUAAAUUCUCUCACCAAUAUCCUUCUUCUUCUUCUUCUUCUUUAAAUGAUCAUCAUUAUUACUAUGAGGAUGACAAUAGUAAUAAUAAUAAUAAUAAUAAUAAUAAUAAUAAUAAUAAUAAUAAUAAUAUUCCAUCACAACAACAACAACAACAGCUUUGUAAAUAUCAUAUGGCUGGUUAUUGCAAGAGUGGAUCUAAAUGUACAUUCCUUCAUUCCAAUCCAACAACAUUGUCACCAUCUACCAAAACCACUGGUACACCAAUUGACCCAACAACCGAUAAAACAACAACAACUACAACAACUACAACAACUACAACAACCAUUGAAGUGUCUUCAUUGUCAUCUUCCUCGAUCACAACAACUACCAGUAGCACAAGUACUUCGAUUGCUGCUGCCGCCGCUGCUGCCGCUGCUAUCUCUCCUCAUGUAGGCUCCGUCGACAACUCCGCCUUGACGACGCUCAGUCCAAAUCUCUUUAGUGGCGGUGGUGGUAGCUUUUUCGAUAUAUUUAAAUCAACCGAACCUUCUGCCUCUCCAUUAACCUCCUCCUCCUCCUCCUCCUCUAAUCUAAUGUCAGUGACAACCAAUAGCAGCUCUACUGGUAAUCAUAAUAGCAAUACUGUCAUACCAUCCAACAAUUUAUUUAGUAGUCUACCAAAAUCGCCAUUGUUGUCUCUUUCGCCAAAUAGACAUACCAACGCACUCUCUUUCUACCCCAGUUCCUCUCCUUCAACUAGUAUCAUUGGAAUGAUGAGUACUUCUCCUUCUGGAAAUGUUCCGCCAUUUAGUCCACGUUUCAAUUCCCAUUCCAACCACCACUACUCAUCAUCUCCUUCCUUCUUGCCAACAACACUCAAUGGGGUAUCAAUGGCCAAUAUAUUUUCGCCAUCUUCCUUUGAAGACCAAUAUCUCAUUCAUCAUCACAUCAACAAUCAACUAAACCCCACCUCGACAUCAACUAAUAAUAAUAAUAAUAAUAAUGGUCGUAAUUCAUCUCUUCCAUUACUCAUUGCUCCUGGAAACAAUAGUCAUCACCUUUUACCAGUGGAGGAUAUUGAGGAUUUAGAAAUCGGCCAAGAUGAUGACGACGAAGACGAUGACUUUGAUUUUCAAAUGGAUUUUGAAAAUGAAACCUCUGCGUCAUUGUCUGCUGUUAUUGAUGAUAGCUACGAUGAAAUCGUUGUUUUACAACAACAACAACAAAAAUCCUCCCCAAACAUGCAUAAUAGCCCAACCGAUAACAAUCUCAAGAUGUACAUAAAAAAGAAUAUAAAUAUAGACGAGAAUAAUUUAAUUAAUAUUGUAAAUAAUAAAUUGAAAAUGGAACAAGAACAACAACAAUUAUAUAAUCAACAACAACAAGAUAACCAACAAAAAGACGUAGAAAAAAAACCAAUGUCCUAUUUAGAAGUAUUAAAGUCAAAUAUCCCUCCAGAUUAUUAUAUCUCCUAUGACCAAAAUAAUAAUAACAAUAAUAAUAAUAAUAAUAAUGGUAAUAAUAGUUAUUUAUAUCAAACAUCAACAACAGGACCACUCAAUACUAAUAAUAGUUCCCAAAAAUCAGAUAUACUAUGUCAUUUUUAUAUUCAAGGAGGAUGUAGAAAUGGUGAUAGUUGUAAAUAUAUCCAUGGAAAUGUAUGUGAGGUUUGUGAUAAACCCUACUUGAUUCCUAACCAUGCUCUGCAAAACCACGAACAUAUGACAGAAUGCUUCAUUGCCAAAGAAAAAAGAAUUAAACGUGAAGAGAUUAGACAUUUGGAAUGUGGAAUAUGUGGAGAUUCGAUUGUUGACAAGAACCAAAGAUUUGGACUGUUGAGUCACUGCAGUCAUGUAUUUUGUUUGGACUGUAUCAGAGAAUGGAGAGGGAAUUUACAAUCAGCCAUUGGCACAUCGCAACAACAGCAAUCGGUUAGACUCUGUCCCGUUUGCAAAGUAAACAGUUUCUUUAUCAUUCCAAGUGAUAUUUAUGUGGCAGGACAACAGAAAAAGGAUAUUAUUGAGAUUUAUAAAAACAAAUUGGGAGCCAUUCCCUGCAAGUACUUUAAUCACGGUAAAGGUGCCUGCAAGUUUGGAAGUAGUUGUAUGUAUGCCCAUCUCAAUUCAGACGGAUCCACCUAUAAACACCCAGUCUCCAACAACAACAACAACAAUAACACCAACAAUACUACACAGUCCAAUAGUCCAUUGGGCCAUUCCUCCAGUGGUAGUGUUGGAUUAUCUUUGUCGUCCUCCACAUCAGUGCCACCAUCUUCGAGCAACACACGAUCGCAUAUAUCUUUUGGUUCAUUUUUAGCUCCUUUGUUGGAAAAACAAAAACAUAAACAACCAAUAGCCACCGUUGCCGACCAAGAUGAAGGAAAUAUUAAUCAACAAUAA